AUGGCGGCAGCCCGUGACCGUCAGAAAAGCUAUGCUGACAAGCGUAGGAAACUAUUGGAGUUCGCUGUAGGUGAUCGUGUUAUGUUGAAAGUUUUGCCAUGGAAGGGUGUUGUACGCUUUGGGAAGCGCGGCAAGCUUAAUCCGCGUUACGUUGGGUCAUUUAAAAUCCUAGAGCAAAUCGGUAAAGUGGCUUACAAGCUCGAGUUACCUGCAGAGUUAGGUAAUGUUCAUGAUGUCUUCCAUGUUUCACAAGUGAAGAAGUGUUUAUCUGAUGAAACACUAGUGGUUCCGUUCCAAGAGCUUAAGAUUGACGACAGGUUGCAGUUUGUCAAAGGACCUAUCGAGAUUAUGGACCGGGAGGUUAAGAUUCAUUCCGGUGCAACUAGUGAAUUUUGGGACGAAAUUCCACUUCAAGUAAGGGAUGAUGUGGCACCUGAGGAAAACCCGAAGUAA